UAAAAAAGUCAAAUUAUCCUAUUUAUUGCGUUUUUUUUUCUGAAAUAUUAAGAAACAAUCUAUUUUUAGACGUUAUAUUUUGACCAUACGUUUUUUUUCCCUGAAAAAAAUGAUGGGUUUUGUAGUUGCUCAUAUUGGAGCAGGAUGUCAUAAUAAGACCCAUGAAAACCAUUAUAAAAAGCUAUGCAAAAGAGCAUGUGAAGAAGCUAUGAAAUUGAUUCGUCAAGGUGGUAAAGCAAUAGAAGCAGUAGAAAAAGCUGUGCAAUUAUUAGAAAGAAAUAAAUAUACAAAUGCAGGGUAUGGUUCUAAUUUAACAUUGAAUGGAGAAGUUGAAUGUGAUGCUUCUAUUAUGGAUGGAUUUUCAGGAAAAUUAGCGGCAGUUGGUGCUCUUAAAAAAAUAAAGCAUCCAAUCUCAGUAGCAAAAGCACUUAUUGAUACACAAGAUGAUGUAUUAUCUUUAAAUAGGACACAACCAAUUAUUCUUGUAGGAGAAGGAGCGACAUUAUGGGCAAUUCAAAAUGGAAUCACAGAAGUUGAUCCAGAAACACUUAUUUCUCCAAGAUCUCGUAUUUUAUGGGAAAAAUGGUCGAAAGAAUUGGAAUUAGCUAAGACUUUAGAUAUUAAUUCAGUAUCAGAUACAGUAGGAGUAAUUGCGGUAGACAAGGAUGGUAUUUUGGCAGCAGGAUCAAGUUCAGGAGGAAUUGCUAUGAAAUAUCCAGGAAGACUUGGAUUAGCAGCAAUACCAUUAGCUGGAACGUGGGUUGAAAUGAAUGAAAAUGGAACAGGUGUAGCGGUAGUAUGUUCAGGUUCAGGUGAACAAAUUAUUUCCACUAGCCUUGCAAAAAAAUGCUGCGAAAGAAUUCUUAUGGGAGAAGAUUUAUUAAAAUCAGUAAAAAAUUGCAUCAAAAAUGAUUUUCUAUCGUCACGAACAAUUCGAGGACAUACUCCUUUUGCUGGUUUAGUUGUCGUAAAAAUUGAGUCAUUAGAAAAUACGUAUAUAAUAGACUUUCUUUUUGCCCAUUGUACACCAUCGAUGGGUGUUGGAUAUAUGUUUUCCAACGACACUAAAUCCAAAGCAGAAAUUUCAGAAAAUGAAAAAUCACCUAAUUCAUUCGUUUAUUCUGGAAACUCUAGAUCGUUUGUAUAAUAUUUUAAACUAGAUAUAUGUUUCAAAAGUAUUAGAUGGAGGGUUUUCAAUAUUUUUUUGUGACAUAUUUGUGUCAAAUAUAGUAUCACAUAUUAAACAUUUUGGAUAUUUUAUACAAAAAACUACAAAUAUUAAUAAAAAUAUAAUUGAAAUUUGAGACUCAACUUGAUAAGCAUACAGAACAAACAUAUCCUAUAUCUACAAUUUUUUUGUGACAAAAACAGGCUGCUCUGAAAUCUACAUUAAGUUGAAAAGGUAAAACAAGGUGUUGACGAACUUUUUGAUCUGGAAGAAAAAUCAUCUAUAUAAAUUAUUAAAUAUUUUUAAAACACAACAAAUUCCGAACCAUUAAAUACUGUAAAAGGCUUUUAGGUUUAUCAAGAUGAAGAUAAAUACCUUUAGUAGCAUCCGAUGCUUGUUGCAAAAACACUGAAUCUUUUCCAAUUUUACAUACAUCAAUUGGAAUUUUCUAUAUAUAUCAAAUAAGCAUUCAGAAAUAUUCUUUAUAUACUUUUUUUUGAGCACUAAAAGUACAAUUCAUAAUAGGAAUAUAUUGAAAUGCAAUAUCACUAGACACCGAUAUGAUAAAAAUUCUUGCUUUUAAUUUAUUUUCUUCAAUAUUUUGCAUAAAACGAUUCACAUAUGCCAGCGCCAUACAUAAAGAUCCUCCUAGCAUCGUAGAUGUUAUAUAUCCAUCUUCUUGUUUAUUACUUCGAUCAAUUAAUUUUUUCAAAUUUUCUUUAAUUUGUUUAUUCAUAAAAUAAAAAGGCCAGUAUAAAUUAGGCCUUUUGUUAGAUUCUUCUUCAUUCUCUGAUAUUUCUUUAUUUUCUUCAGACAAUUCUUCAACCGAAGGAUAUAAAUAUUCUACAAAAUCUAUAUGAGACGCAAGAACAGCAAGAUCAUUGCUUUGAUUUAAUGAAAGAUGUGCGUUGAAAAAUACAAGUAAUUCCC